AAUGUUUACAUUGGAGACAAAAUAGAACCACAUCUUCUGCUGUAUUAUUUCAUGGACAAUCUGUAAAUAUGUAAUUAAUGCAUAACUAUGCAGUGUGAGAAAAAGAAUGAAAUGAAAUGUACAUUUGCUUAUAAAUCUGAAUGUGGUCAAUCAUUACAUUAUGCUUCAAAUGUCCCGUGUAUCCAUAUAACCAAAUGUGACAAACCCACAAGUACCCAUUUACGUAGUCUUGGGUGUAACUCCACGGACUAUGAACUACCAGAAGGGCUUUUAAUAUUGUACAGAAGUGGGAUAUUUUCAAUAGACUGUUCUUCAUGUGACAUUUACAUAUGCCCGAAACACAGGGAUGAUUUUGGAAUAUAUUGGAGGCGUCAAACGAGAAAGUGCCAGUCACCUACACAUCCAGACCAGAGUGUUGCAAAACCAAGCAGGGGCAUACCAGCAUCAGUAUGCAAAGAGCUGUGGAUGACAAAGAGAAUAUCUCUGCCAGUUGGUUCAGGAAUAUGUUACUCGUGCAUCAGAAAGUAUCCUGUAUCUCAAGACAGCAAGCAGGCUUUGAUAACUGAUAUUGGAAAAUUUAACGACAGUUCAGAAAGACUAUUCACAACAGAAACAGGAAUUUCGAAUGCAGAAGAAUCUGAUAAUUUAGCUUUCACCAAUUCAGAAUGUGACUUUCUACUAUCAUCACAAUCCACUCAGACAUUUUCCCAGACCACAACAUCUGAUUGGGAAGAAGAAAACAUGGCUCCAAGAGAGAUUUUCAAUGCUGCAAUGAAAAUGCUUUCCAGAAAUUUUCCUGCCCUAAAUUCACAGCUACAGUUGCCAUGGACUAGCCUCUCAAAAAGUUCAUCCUCAUAUUAUACCAAAAUAAUUACAGAAGCUAUCCAGUUGAUUGCACAGUAUGUUGCACCAGGUCAAGAAAAUAAUCUUUUGACAGAUGUGUGCAAGAAGUGGAUAUCAUUAAAAGAAGACAAACCUGACACAAUGACUGAGGCACUGAUUGCAUCCUAUCAACAGCAGAACAACAGAUUAAGUCAGAUGCAAAUUUUAUCCCUAUUUGCAAAUAAGCAUACAAAGGAAAGAUUAAUGGAACUGGUACCAGGACUUAGUGUUUUUAAAAUUGAUGCUGCCCGAAGACAUGCAACACUAACAUUUCCAGGACAAUUAAUAAAUCCACCAAAGGUCUACCGUUCCAGAUUGAGCAUGCCAAGAGUAAUGCAUUUCAUUGAAUUUAUUUCUUGCCCCACUUACCAUCAGGCUGUUGGUUAUGGAUCCAAGACCUUAAAAUUGUCAUCUGGAUUAGAGAUAACUAUACCUAAGGUUGUAAGAAAUGUAAUUGCAUCUAGACUUGUGAGUGCAUACAGCCAAUACUGCAAUGAUGAGGGUUAUGAGUGCCUAGGCAGAUCCACACUGUUUAACAUUGUUAAGGCUUGUGCAGCAUCACAAAAGAAAAACAUGCAUGGACUUGACAAUAUCACUUCUGAAGGUAUGCGUGCAAUUGAUAUUCUACUUAAAAUUGUGUCCAAAUUGGAAAUGUUUGGUUUAUCUUCUGAAUGUGUAGUCAAGCUUAAAUCAUUACUUGAUCAUGUGAAUCAACACCUGAAGUUUGAGAUGAAGGGGCAUGUGGAAAACAAAUCAAAAUGUGCAGAACACUGUUCUACAUACAGCCUUAGUGAUCCAACAUCAAAAUGUUUCAGCGACAAAUGUGAGCAUGACCAUGAUCAAUCCUGUGAUGACUGCUCAACAACAGGGGUACUGGAUACAGUUAUGUUGGAUGCAGUAUCAUCUGUCAGAAACGCGAUUCCUGCUGACAUCCAAGAGGAGAUAACCCAUGACUUGCAGAUAUCCACUUUAAACUUAUCAACUUGGAAAGCUCAUUGUAUUAGAACAGUACACCAAGAACAAGCACGUAGAGAUGUACUAUUACAAUUAAAAUCUCAUCAAUGUUUAAUUGUAAUGGACUGGGCAAUGAAGUUCCUACCUAUCAAACACAGAGAAACACAAGCUGAUUUCUAUGGGAAAAAAGGCAUUGGUUGGCACAUUUCUUCUGUAAUAACAACUUCACAGAUUUUAGGUGAAUCACCUGCAACUCAUACAGACAAAUUUGAUGUUCAAACCUUUGUCCAUAUUCUGCAGUUAGGAACUCAGGGUUGGUUCUCAGUUGCCCAUAUACUAACAGACUUGUUAAACCAACUGUCAGUCAGGACUCCAGUGAAAGAGGUCUUCUUGAAGAGUGACAAUGCAGGAUGUUAUCACUGCGCACCACUGCUUUCUUUUAUUCAGCAUCUGAACUCAUGUUCAUCCAUCAAGGUUCUCCAAUACAACUUCAGUGAGGCACAAAGUGGGAAAGACAUCUGUGAUGCCAAGACUGCUCAUUGCAAAAUGCAUAUGAUCAGGUACUCUGGAGAAGGACAUGAUAUAGUUACACCACAAGACAUGAGAGCAGCACUUCAUGCAAAUGGUGGGGUUAAAGGUGUAUUGGCAUCAGUGGUAUCUGUGGACAAUCAACACGAGAGAAAAAUGUUGUCCAAAAUUCCCAACAUCAGUCAAAUGAAUAACAUCACAUUUCACGAAAAUGGAGUGACAUGCAGACGGGCCUAUAAGAUUGGUACUGGAAGCUUUUUGCCACCCAAUCAGUUUAAAGAUAGUGCAACAUUGACUGGAUUUACGGUUGAAGAGCCAUUCCCAAUCUUGCUUAACAACAAAGGUUCCUUGAAAAUCCUCUCUGUAAGACCUGAAGAGCAAACUAUUGAAGAAGUACCAAGGAAUGAUGGCCAUGAAACUGAUCAGUCAAUUUCUGAACCAAAUAACCAGUUGUAUCCAUGUCCUGAUAUGUCUUGCUCAAAAGUGUAUACAAAAUUAUGUUAUCUGGAAAACCAUCUUUGUCUUGGUAAUCAUGUGUACAAUAAUAAAAAAGAAAAUCAGUUUGACUCUAUUAAAAAAGCUUGGGCUUCACAGUGUGUUGCAGUGGAGAGAGAACACAAAGUGCUUGUACGAGCUACAGCACCUUCAACUGUUUCGGUUUCUAACAAUGAAGGCUGGGCAUUGAAAACUUCUAAAUCUGUCAAACGUUUCUCAACAAAAGUCAAAGACUACAUAUCUUCAAUACAUCAGUAUUUUAACACAACAGGCAAACGACCAAAUUUUGAGAAUAUAGCUGAAGAAUUAAAAACUAAAAGGGAUGAUGAUGGGAACAAAGUAUUUAAGCAGGAAGAAUGGCUUUCACCAUCACAAAUAAGAAGUCUGUUUUCGAACUUUGUGAGAAAGAAUGCACAGUCUAUUGAAAUUCAUACUGGUACUCAGAAAGAAACCAAGAAUGAUGAAGAUCUUCAACAAGCCCUAGCUGAAAUAGAUGCAUUGGAGUAUCAUGCUGACAUGGUCAAUGUUGCUUUGGCAUCUGAAAAUGAUUUUUCAUAAACUAUAUAUUGCUGUAUUAUUAUGCAGAUAUUGUUGUUCCCAAUUAUCCAUUUUAAGUUGGUACCCAACACUUUAACUGAAAUCAAUUUGGCUCGUUCAAUUUUGAUAAAAUUUUGACAAAGUACAUGUAUUUACUUUGAUCCUUAAAGUUUGACAAAGAUAUAAAAAAUUAAAAAAAUUUGAACCAACUGUUUAAUCAGAAAAAAUACAUAUAUAGCAGUUUGACAAACACUUAUUUUAAUCAUUGAGAAGCUUAAUAUUACCUAUACAACACAAUGUAAGUAAAGCGUUUAACUGAUUUUACAAAGUUAUCUCACUGUAGUGUUAGGUACCACUUUAAUUGUAUAGAAUAACUGGAAAGUAGAAGAUGUAAUUAGCAUAAUUGAUAAUGGGACACCUCUCCUGGUAUGUUAAUUCUCAAAUUGAUAUUGUCACACUUAAAGCUUGAAAUACUUGAGUUUUUGCUAAUUCUUUGGGUUUUGCCCAUUUUCUUUUCCUCUACUGAUGAAAUAUUAAUCAAAUGAUACUUUAAUAAGACAAAUUAAAUUGAUUGAACACCUAUGGGUAUGUUAAAAUUUUUAUGUGAAAUAAAAAGAAAGUA